AUGCCCUCUGGGCAACAGUAUGCUCCUGCGAAGAUGAUGGACCUUAUCAAAGAUGGUCUUUCCCAUUUUGGUGUGGAUCUGCGAGCAGGCAGCAGUCAUAAGAAUCGAAUUGAAGCUGCAGGCUUUCAGAAUCUUAUCCAUGAUGUCAAAAAACUUCCCGUGGGCACACGGCCAAAGGACUCUCACUUGAAGUCUGUUGGUUCAUAUGCCCGCGCUGUCAUCUAUGAUGGGCUACACGGCAAUACUAUCGGGCUUUUUACGAGGGGUUUGGGUUGGACUCCUCUUGAAGUCGAAGCUUUCCUCGUUGAAUGUCGCAGAGAAAUGCUGAAAGAUGACGUUCACCCCUACAUCUUGUAUCAUUCAUACUCGGGGCGGAAACCCCUGAGACCGGCGGCAGCGGUCCCAAUUGUAACCUGCAGUAUCCCGUCGACAAACGGAUCAAGCUCAGAACGUCCGACGACAAAAUCUGUUCUUUUAUUUCACCGCUCCUCGCUGCUCAAAGACUUUUCUAUCUUUCUAGAAGACAAUCUGUUUCGAGCAGCUCUAUCACCCCCAAUUCUGCCAAGAAACAUCUUUCGUGCAGCCAAGAUCCUGGCCAUCAAGGCUGCACACGUACAAUGGCCCACGCUGAGCUUUCAUCUUCCUAUCUUAACCACCAUCGAGGACGAUCAUAUCAUGGAGCUCAUCUGUCUCUUCAACGAUGCUCGCGACGUCCGCAACUUCCUCAAGCGUAGUUGGACACGUUAUGCUGAACGGAAGACCGAUCUUGUGACCGCCAGUCUGAUCUCGAACUCGACUUCUCGCGGGUUUAUCGCUUUGGUUUCCUCGACAUUAUGUUUGGAGUACACAUUUUGCGCUCUAGGAGAGGCAAAGCAUUGGCUGGUGAUGCCGACCGAGACCGAGGCCAAAGCGUUUGCGUACGACAACAUGCAACGGAUUAUAAGGUCUGGAUGGAUACCGACGCCUGAAAUUGAUGAUUGGCUCAUGUCAGAUAUGCCUGGCAAGAUGAGUACCGCGGCUAUGUGUCGUACAUUCUUCGACCUCUACACCAUCAGUGGCCUGCACUCUUUUGUCGAGUCUGAUCUGAAGCAAUUCAUGAGCCAUCAUUCGAUACAACAUCUGAUAGAGAUCGACAAGAGUUCUGGCAUUCAGGAUUCUUUGAUGAAAGCUCAUCUUGACGCUCUCUUUCCGCCUAUCAACUCAGAUCAGAAGAAACUCUCUGUCCGCGCUCCGUUGUUUCUAGGGUCUGUCCUGGGUUCUCUGGUUUUGAAACUGAACAGUUCGGAGCUCAGUCUGGUGAACAAAAGCGGAUCGCUGAUGGCCGCGGCGCACUUGUACAAUGCUCUUCGCGUUUUCAAUCCCCAGACUAUGCCGCGCUGGCACGACCUGGACCUUUUGAUCGAGCUGCAGAAGGAGCCUAUGUUUGCCCCCGAGCCGCCAACCGAGUUCGCUCAAUGCGUCAGUAGAUUCUGGAUAGCUCAAGGACUCAAGCCGUCGGAGAUUGUGUCAGCUCGGAUGACGUCCAGAAGACUGGCUCUUGCAUCUGGACGUAAACAUCCAACCGAACUAUAUGAGAAGCGUUUGGCAGGUUUGAAAAGGGGCUCCGGGCGGCGCGAGUUGCGACUGGCACCGCUGUUGCAACAUCUUCCCUGGAUGCGAUGCAUUACCGGUGGAUGGAAGCUAUCAAUGGACGAGAAGACGGUGCGAGGGGCUGUCGAGACUGAUCUAGGAAAACGUCUCGGCCGCGUUCAAUCUCCUCCCCGAGCGAGUGAUCUACUAGUUGUCGUCUGGCUUGGUCAACUGGAGAAGAUGAUCCAAGCUGAGACACCAAGCUUGUUCUUUGGCUUCACAGAAUUGGGACAAAUCGUGCUCGAUAGUCUCGGCUCUCUUGCAUCGACCGGGGCGGCAGCUCGCGCCUUUGAACAGCCCGACAGUGCCCUUGCGUCGUGGAAAAAGAACUUACCAUCUGAUAGAUCGCUCCUCGAAUCUGAGCAUAAAAGGUGGUUGGGUUGGUGCAGGUAA